AUGUUAAUAUUCGAGUUGCUGAACUACUGGUUGUUACACAAAUAUUUGAAACUAGUCCGGAAAAUUAUUAAUUCCCCAAAAAAAUUCAUAUUUUAUCCAUUACUUCUAAUAUCGGUAUUAUGUUAUCAUAUAAUACUAGGCAACUCGUCUGGUUCAUACAAAAGCUCUAAUCGAUAUGUCAGUAAGAUAGACUUAUCAAGCUCAGCACCAUCCACUAUCAAUAGCACCAUCAAAGAGUCUCCUUGUUUCAACCCUGUUUCGCAAGAGCUAAAUUUAUACCAAAUAUGGAUUCAAUCAAAUGAAGAGGGUGAAAAUAUGUUGAGUAAAAAGUUAUUGAUCGAAUCCUUGGCUUUUCAAAAUAAACUAACUGAAAACUUAUUAGAUAACAAAGGUUUUGUUCAAUUAUAUUCGCCUUUCCAACUUUGGAAUAAUUCGAUUAAACUAUUGCAACUUGACCAAUUGCCAAUAUUAACUAUAAAUAACCAUUUAUCAGAUAUUUCCAAAUAUUCUUUACAAGGGACCACCAAAAUCAAUGGGAUGAUUUCAUCUUCUAAGGCCUUAACUUUAGCCUUUCUCUGCGAUAAAAAUAAUAUAACUGCUGAUAACAAACCAUGCUACCAGAUUUUACAACAAAAUAUACAGGCUUUAAGAGAAAUUGCCAAUAUUUCCCACUUUCAUAUUUUUGAACUCAAUAACAAUACUGUUGCCAACAAAGAAAAAAAUUAUAACCCUGUCAUGAAAAUUUCCGUUGUUCCGUUAGGUUUUGUUGACUAUUUAUAUUUGAUCAUAAUCUUUUCAAGUGCAGCUGCCAUUUUUGUUUACUCAUUAGCCCAAAAAAUAAAUCACGUAAAGUCUAAAAUUUGGCUAUUUAUAGGUUCAAUUGUCCAUAUCACAUUAUCUUCUAUGGCGUCAUUAUCCAUCUUAUCUUUUGUUUAUAAAACGUCUUACGAGAAUACCCCCGUUAUAUUAUUUUCAGCUCCAUUGCUGGUAUAUAUGGUGCUAGGUCUAUACAAGUCAAUCAAAAUAUCUAGUGAAUCAACGUUUUUGGUUGAGACAGAAUUAGAUGACUUGACUUCAAAGGAUUUUUUACAUUUAAUGGCUCAAAACAUGGCUGUCUCCACUAUUAAUUUGACAUUAUCUUUUAUCAUUUUGUUCCUAAUUUUGCCUUUUAAUAGGAAAGUGUCUUUGCUAUUAUUUAGUGGAUUAAGCUUUAAUUUUGUGUUGCAACUCACAUUUUUCCCCGCCAUUUUAGUUUUGGAUCAUGCAAGAUAUGCACAAAAUAAUUUAUUAAUGACUUCAUUAUUGAAUGAUUUACUGAUGGAGGGCGAAGAGGACAGUGGCCAUACCUCAAGAAGUAAUAGUAAUAGAAAUUCAAGACAUUUUCAUGCCAAAAAAAAUAGCAAUAAACAUAGAAGUGGUAUUACCGGUAACAAGAAUGGAAAAAACACUAUCUUACGACUUGCAAAAGGUUUGUAUACAUCCAUAUACAACUUUUCUGGGUACAUGGAGGAAGUUUAUCAGCUUAGAAUAACUUUUUUCUUUAUGUGUUUGUAUAUGUGCUUUAUUAAUAAUAGAUUCCACUCAGUUAGAUCAUCGACAUCAAUUUUUUAUAAACUUUUCAGUGGGGAAAAAAUUAUGCUAUUUUCUAAACCUUAUCCUUUGUUGCUAUUUUUUGACGAAAAAAAAGUUUCUCUACAACUAAUUAAAUUGUAUUCCGAAUCUGGAAAUGGUUAUAAUGGUAAUACUGCAAUUAAUUGGAUAAUAAAUAUCAAGUCCCCGCUUUUUAUUAUUAAAAGUAUCGUACCAUUAUCUCGUGACAACUUAUUAUUGAGUGAAAAUUUUUAUUUAAAUUCAAUGAUUACAACUCACAAGUUUGACUUUUAUUAUUUUUUCGAAUUUUCACUGUUUGUUAUUUUAAUGGGCUGUGUUAUAAUUUUAAUUUUACAACUAUUUAUUUUCCAAAUAGAUGAACCUUUUUUAACCAGCGAAGAUAUUAUUAUGCAUGACUCUUCAGCCUCAUCAUCCACUGCUAACACUUCGAGAAGCUCAACAUCUAACACAUCAAUUUCCUUAUCCAGUCGUAACAAUAGUAGACAUAACAAUAACAACUAUAGUAGCCCAGAUUAUCAGCACAACCAUUAUCAUCAAAAGCUGCUUAUGAAUAAAUAUCUACAAAAUAAAGCAUUAUUACACCAAGAAACUGAAUUUCAUGUUGUUGAAUUGGUAAGAAAUGGACACAGUUUGGAUGUAACUGAUAUUAUAACUUCUAGUUGUCCCUUUGUUGUGUCAGUUGGAUUGGACCGUAAAGUUUUAGUUUGGUCACCGCUAACAAACCCACUACCAUCACCUUUACAAUUGCCCUUAGAUAUAAAGGAAUAUUGGCCCAUCCAACACAUUGAACUAAGUAACAAUGGAUUUUAUAUCGUGAUAUUUGGAUCUAGUGGAAAAGUUACAUGUUGGUCAAGAACAGCCAUGAAAUUUAUUUGGGAAUUAAAAUUACCUUUUAGUGAUAAUGUUUACAAUAAUAGCGACGUUCCAACACCAUUAGAGUGUUUUUUCAGGAAAAGAACUAUCCCAGCAUUUAUGAAGAGAAAACAGCAACAAGUAAAUGGGACGGAUAGUAUUGGGUCUACGACAAUGCUAAAUAGAAGUGAUAGCAUGUGUUCUCAAUAUUCUGUAUUUGAUGGAAGAUACGAAAUUCCAGCCAUAACAAUACCUAAUACCGGCGAUGACCUGGCUUCUACUAAUAACACAGCAACGAGUAAUAACUCUUAUGACAAUAUUCCAGAAGAUUUCAUUUUUAUUGGUCAGGAUGGCUUUGUUAACAUUGUAUCAGAGCUUGGUAAGCUGGAAAGAUACAAGUUAUGUCCUGAUACGUUAAAUGCGGCUAAAUUAAUAUCGGUCAAGAAAAUGAUUACACCUAGAAUGAACGACAGGAUUUUGAGUUGUGACGAACGUGGUGAUAUUUAUGUUUCUACUGCAGUCAAUAAUAAAUGGAAAAGCAGAAAAUUAAUCGUUGUGAAAGACAUGUUUAAUAAAGGCCAAGGGUUAAUGACACCGGCUUCAAUCAGGAAAAUGCGCCGUGGCAAUUUGGAAAUCAAUACAUCUAGCGCUACUACUAUUUCUACUUCAAGUGAUAAAAUGGUUUCCACAACACCAAAUAUUGAGCCAAAGACGACAUUUGUUAGUGAUAUCACAAAUGUUACCUGUACAAACUAUCAAUUAUACACUAUUCCUUUUGUUGGUAUGGUUUUGAAAACCAAAGAGGGAAAUAAAACUGAACUAAUAGAUGCACAAACCGGUACAUCUAUCAAAAUAUUCCAAUUGAGGCCUUAUAAACAAGGGACUUUAAAAAUCUUCCAUGAUCAGCCUAUUCACUGUAAAUUCUGCGGGAGCGCGGCUGUUACUACGUUGUCUAUUGCAUAUACUGCAUUGAAAGAUAAUACUUUGGUCAUGCAUACUUUUAAGCUAGAGAGCAGAACCAAAACAAGCAUUUGUUUAAGAGUCGAAAGAGAUCCAAGAGAAAUCAGAUGCUUAGGCUUAGACUCGGUUGUUGAAAAAAUCUGUAAAGUUUCUAAUGUAGAAAUUUGGGAUGUUGAAAAAAACAACACUAUUAUUGGCUUUAAACGAAAGGCAGAUCACCACAGUAAAUUAAGUGGUAACAGUAACGUCAACAGUAAUAGCUACAGACAAGAUGACUAUGUUUACAGUAGCGGUAUUUCGUCCUCCCCUUCUACAUUUUUCGGUUUAAGGGAAAGAAAAAAGGGAACACACAACAAUAAACUUACAAGUGGUGGUAGCACUAAUACCAACUUUAAUUCAAAGUCCUUUAAUAUACAUGAUAUGUGGGAGGGUUUCCUGCUUUCUCCUAAUAAUGGCGGUGCAAUUACUUAUUAUGAUAUUCCCAAGGGUUAUAACGGUUUAGCCAUUAAUAAUAUUGGGCCUAUGAACUCUUUUGGUGCUAAAUCUGUCAUCUUGGCAUUUGGCAAUAUAAUGAAAAUGUUAUAUCUAGGUAACGGUGAAUUUAUUUUGAAAAAUGAAGAUGGUGUUGAUCAUAACGAGGUUAAUAUGGGCUUAAAGUUUGUUAAUAAAAGGAGAAGAGCCAGAUCCAGCAAAAUGCAACACGACAGUAACAACAACAACACCGCCGCCAACAACAACGACAAUCAUAAUAAUAUGAUGUUUUAG